AUGGCGGGAGGAGUGAACAGGAAGAUAUCAGCGGCGUCGGCCAGAGCUCACACCAGAAGAGCCAAGCAAAAUAGUUCGUUCCAGCUUCCUCCAGGGAUGUUUACGAAAGCACUAGUUGCAUUGUUUAUUGGAUUUUCGGCAUGGACAUAUCAGGCAAUCCAACCUCCUCCAUCAAAGAUAAUUGGCUCUCCUGAUGGGCCGCCUGUUACAGCACCAUUUAUCAAACUUAGUGAUGGAAGGCGUUUAGCCUACAAAGAGCAUGGGGUCCCAAAAGAGAAUGCAAAGCAUAAAAUAGUUUUUGUCCAUGGUUUUGAUUCUUGCAGGCAUGAUGCUGUCGUUGCUGAAACCCUGUCUCCGGAAACUGUUGAAGAUUUGGGGAUCUACAUUGUGUCUUUUGACAGACCUGGUUAUGGAGAAAGUGAUCCUAAUCCAAAGCGCACAGUGAAGAGUAUGGCUUCAGAUAUAGAGGAGCUGGCUGAUCAGUUGGGUUUAGGACACAGAUUUUAUGUAAUUGGUUUCUCCAUGGGUGGACAGGUGCUUUGGAGCUGCCUCAAGUACAUCCCUCACAGGCUUGCAGGAGCAGCAAUAUUAGCUCCAGUGGUUAACUACUGGUGGGCUGGUUUUCCUGCAAAUCUAUCUACUGAAGCUUAUUCCCAACAGCUUCAGCAAGACCAAUGGGCACUUCGUGUGUCUCACUACACCCCCUGGCUUACCUACUUCUGGAACACUCAAAAAUGGUUUCCUGCUUCAAGUGUUGUGGCUCACAGUAGAGAUAUUCUUUCUGACCAAGACAAAGAACUCAUGGCUAAGCUUGAGAAAAGAGGAACAUAUGUGGAACAGGUAAGACAACAAGGAGAAUUCGAGUCCAUUCACCGUGACAUGAUUGUUGGAUUUGGGACAUGGGAAUUCACCCCUCUGGAUCUUGAAAACCCAUUCCCUAACAAUGAAGGUUCCGUCCACUUGUGGCAUGGAGCUGAUGAUUGUUUGGUACCCGUUAAACCGCAACGCUACAUUGCUCAACAGCUUCCUUGGAUUCACUAUCAUGAGCUGCCAGGUGCUGGGCACUUGUUCCCACAUGCUGAUGGGAUGUGUGAUAACAUUGUCAAGGCACUUUUAACUGAGGGGUAG